AUGACGCGAGGAAGUCUUUUACGACACAUCUUCAGACACGGUCCGAAUUCCAAACUCAAGCGCGACGCAGUCCAAUCCAGGAUCGACGAGAAUGAAAGGUCGCCUCUCAUCGCAAAGUCACCCGCAAACGAGUCCAAGCCGCUAUCGCAAGAGCCGUCACCGCCACGAACACCCGAGCCACAUACCGUACACGUGCUUCCCGAGAUCACCGAAGAAGACACUGCCUCAAAAAUUACAAACUCCCCUGCUGCGUCCUCAAGCACCGGUAGUACAGUAUCCGACCUCGCAUCCAUAGUCACUGUUCUUGCCGCGCACGCGCCUCUCAUGAAUCCCACGACGCUCACGACGCGCGACCUCCUCUACGCUGCCAUCGAUGAAGCAAUUUCAGCGACGAAGGAUCAUCUCGAUACACUAGCAACUGCAUGUGCGCUACUUGAGGCCCUCGCUGGCUUCAGUGCAACGGUCGAGGUGCUGAAGCAGGAGAUGGAGCUGAAGAUCACGGCGUCCGAGGCCAAGCUCGUGGAGCUGGAAAGCUUUGAGGAGGUGGUUGAGGGUAUGACGUUGCCGGAUGAGCAGGACAUGGUCGGUGCGGACUUCCGCGAAGAAAAGCCUGCACUCCCUGAUAACGUAAAGCCUCCAUCUCUUCACCAGCUCAACAUCAUCUUUCUUCAGCUACUCACAGCAAAACGUUCUUCUCUUGUCAAGAUGGCUCCAGCUAGACAAUACCACGAGAGCCUCAUACUCUGCGAAAUCGAAGCAAACAAGGACAAGUACAUACACUUUCUGCAAAGGCUUGUCCGAGCAGCAAGCCCCAACCCACCAGGCGAUACCCGAGUGGCUGCAGAUGUCGUCACGAAAUUCCUUUCAGCCAACAACAUCUAUGCAGAUAUCGUUGCCCCGAUGGCUCAUAUGCCUAACGUGGUUUCGGAUUUCGAGGGCCGCUUGCAGGACGGUCCUCGCGUCGUCUUCAACGGCCACAUGGAUACUUUCCCGGUCAAUAACCUUGAGGGUUGGCGUUACCCGCCAUACUCUGGACAUAAUGAUGGCACUUCGAUACAUGGUCUCGGGUCUGUCGACAUGAAGGCAGGGACUGCAGCUUCCAUCAUCGCAUUCACGUUGCUCAAGAAGCGAGCUUCGCAUCUCAUCGGAAGCGUCGCUUUGACCAUGGUCUCGGACGAAGAGACGGGAGGCGAAUGGGGGACCAAGUAUCUACUUGAUCACUGUGGUGACAAUUCACCUUGGCUGGGCGAUUGUGUUGUCAACGGCGAGCCUGGUGGUCUACAGUCCAUCCGGUUCGGCGAGAAGGGAACUCUGCGCUUGACCUUCACAGUCAACACUCAAGGCGGUAACGGAGCGUACACACACAACGGCUGUGGAGCCAUCGUACACGCUUGCUCCUUGAUAACAACCCUGAAGCGCGUGGUCGAGUCGAUACCCGUAAAGAUCCCGCACCAACUCAAGGCUUAUCUUCGCUCCAAAACAGCGCACGCCGUUACUGAUGAGAUCAUGGGCGCUGGGGCAGCAGCGAAUAUGUUCUCACCCACUUUGAACAUCGGCACCAUCAACGGCGGCGUCAAAGUCAACGUCAUCCCUUCAAAGUGCGUCUUUGAAGCCGACAUCCGCCUGCCGAUCGGGCUCGAGGCUGAGGCGGUACUCGUUGAGAUUGACGACUUACUCCUGUCGUCCCCUGGCGUAUCAUACUCCGUGCAAGAAGCAGCCAGCAACCCAGCAAGCUUAUCCGAGUACAAUCAUCCGCUUUCUGGGUACAUGGCCGAUGUUGCGCGAGACGUUACUGGGAGGGAGCCGGUACAGAUCGUCGGCCUGGGUGGUACGGACUGUAAGUUUUAUCGCUAUCGCGGUGUACCGGCGUUUGUGUUUGGGCCUUCUCCAAGCGGGAUGGGUGCAGAUGGUGAAGCUGUGCUCAUUGAAGAGUUCAUGACUGUCAUCAAGACACAUACACUGGGGGUCUUCCGGUAUCUUUGGGACGAUAAAAGGUGGGAUCUCAGUAGGGGAUUGGGAGAAAAUACUCCCACGGGCGAGAGGAGGGCUCUCGAGAUCAGAACUCGCAAGUAG